CAGCAUUCAAGCAGCUUCGUUGUUUUAAACACGGGGCGUAUACUGCUAGGCCAAUACAGCCAUGUUAUUGCUAGAGGGCGUGUGAUGAGAAGGUCAAUGCCCCCGAAGCAGCCAAGUUCGGUUGUCCCCGCACAACUCUCUUUCCUUGCGAUAUACAACCCAUCCCUAGGAUCUACAGAUGAAACUCUCAGAGAUCAAAUUGUUUUCUACUAUUCGAGAAAGGAAAACGAAAAGCUAGCUAGAAGCACGCAACAGAGAGCUGCGCAGAGGGGCGCUACCGAUUGUGCUAAAAUCGAUAACAAUGAGAAGUUGCGCCAGAUAGGUCUGGCGCAAGGCAUGGUGAGCUUCGCCAAGAACUUCUCCAAUGGUGAAGCGGUAGAUACAGUCGAAACUGAAAAGUCCAGGAUCGUGUUGCAUGAGCUGGAAACCGGUUGGUGGAUUCUAGCGUCUAUCGACUAUACUCGUAUAUCCUCAGAGCCCCUGACAUCGCCUGAAUCACGACCAGAUAAUGCGCCAGAACCGCUAGUUGAAUAUUCGUCCCGCGAAGUUGCCCCUGCACGUCUCAUCCUUCAGCAAUUGCUGAGAGCGCACUCCAUCUUUCUCCUCCAUCAUGGGCCGUCUCUCGGUGUUCUCUACAGUCGCCUGCAGAGAACAGCAUUUUGCAGUGCACUGGAAUAUUUUUGGUUAAGAUUCGUAUGGAAUUGGAAUCCUCUUUUGAAUGGAAACCCGGCGGUUGAGAUCUACAAUGGCAUCAAACUCGCAGCGACAGGGGAACUUGGAAUUGGUGUUGGGGAAGAGGAAUGGGGAAGCGGAGAACGCGAAGUUUUGGAAGAUUUUGUUUCAAGAACAGACGGCCUAGUCGACCUGGUAGUAUCACGUUUUGGGGACACAUCUCCCAACGGCCAGAGAGAUAAUUCCCCCGGCCAGCAGUCAACAAACGCAGGGUCCGCUGCAGAAAGUCACCCGUGGAUAGGGUGUAAUACACCUCCGCAUUCAUUCGAUGGCGUGGUAUUCUCAGGUGUCGGGGCUAUUUCGAAGCAGUCUCUUACUCGAGUCUCUCACUGGAUGGAGUGGAUAUACCGAUAUGGUGAAGAUACAUUUGGGGUCAGACGUGAUCCGAAAUCUAUCCAUCGACGCAAGCGACGAAAAGGUCCAGAGGGCGGAACCUCAAACGGCGAAAGCAAAGCCCCCAAUCCAAAGUCCCCGAGCCGUACUCCAAAACGCAGCUUGUCUCCUGGAAUUCCUCCUCCCAUACUAGCAGGGCCAAACUCAACAAUCAAACAAGCCACUGAAAUGUCGAAAUCUAGAGAAAGUAACCUUAAUGCACAAGAUAGCACGAAAUCCUCUACAGAAAACUCCGCCGAUCCGUCCGGAUUUGGUACGGAGAAAUUCAUGAAAUUAUUGACUCUAGGAUACGGGACGUCUUGGGCUGAUCCAUCCAAUUUUUCUCUAUCUCAUCCUAGAGUGAACUUUUUGAGAUUCGGUGGCAGCCCUCAACCAGCUGCAGGAGAGGCCGAUUCUUUGUCAGUGGCAAGCUCUACUGAACCAGAAAGCACGCCGCUCCCACGGACAGACAAUAAUGGGAGGUUUAUAAUAGGACUUCGUGAUGACCCAGAGAUAGAGGAUAGUGAUGAGGAAGAUGACCCGCAGGCUACCGAACUACGGAAUCCGCAAGCAAAAGGAUCUCAGAAAGAGAGAACCGUCUUACGAACAUUGACCCUAAUGAUGGAGGAGUCCGCAUCGAAUGGGGAUUUUGAGGAUACGGCGUCCAUCGAUAAAUACCAGGAUCUGCAAGUGGUAGUAUAUCUCAACCAACCAUUCAUGUUCACAUUCCUCUUCGAAUCUAAAACAUCCUCACUCUCAUCUCCAUCGUUUUACCGGAGUAUCCAUCACCAGAUUGGCCCUCUCCAAAAGCCUCUAUUACUGUCAACGUCAUUGGACAAAAUACCCCAGCGAGCUCCCCUCUGGGAUCAGUAUCGAAAUUCGAAGGAAAAGCCCAGUGGACAGUCUCCUCUCUACGAUUUUAUCUAUGACCCUGAAGCGCGAUUUAUUCACACUUCACUUCCCGACAUUCCAGAGCCAGGAAUGCCAGUGCAAACGAUAAAGUUAUCAUCCCCGGGAUCUUCGGAACCACCAUGGACCCGCCAGGAUACGAUCAAUGUCCAUACUCAAAUCAUAAAUACAUAUAUCGAAACCCGUAAUCGCGCGUCUGAAAUUGAGCGGACGUGCAGGACAAGCCGGGGCUGGUGGGUAUUGUGGAUGCGGCUUAAGGACACCAGUGUAGGCUCUCAUUCUAGCAAACAAGUAGAAGGAGAAGAAGGUGAAGGUGAAGCAGACGAAGGGGAACAGCAGUCACGAACUCCGUCAACCCUUCAGCAAACCCCCGCUCCGAAGGCGCCAAAGGAAGCGUUUCUUGUCCGGAAAGCCAGCGAUUGCGCUGUGUCAGGACAUACCCGCCAUUCCAGCGGAGCGAGAUUCUUCCGCGACAUUAGCGGUGCCUCAGCCGCCUCGCAGUCCAGUACCGGGAAUGGACGAGGAAGCUGGUUGGGCCCCGGAAAACUGGCUGAAGGCGUGGGGCUGGAUGCGCGGAGGUAUAUCCAGGCCUUGUUGAAUUUGAACCGGUAGCGGACUAGUAGAGGAAGGCAAGUGCAACAUAUGGCGAAGAGCCCAAGGCUGAAUCAGUUUUGCAUCGCGAAAGGGGAGGGGGGAAAGCGACUGCUGAGUGUAUUGCGUCUGAGAGCUUCUGCCAGGGGCCCUUAGGUAGUCGAGAGGCUCAUGAAAUCAAAAUAUGUAGUUGAAUCAUUGGCGUGAAAGCAUCAUUCUAGUUUAACAAUACCGUUCGCACUGUUCCCCCAUGUCUAUCAACCUACUAUAGGUAGGUAUCUACAUAGCACGCAUCGGCCGGGCAGCCUGUCCCACGAAUUUAAAAAGACGCACGCUACGCGUAGAUCUAGACAUUCAGCCGUAUGUCCACGUUCGUACAGUAGUAGUACGUCAGGUACCUUGAGUACAGCGGUGUAGGGAGUUAGACUGUACGUAAUCCGCCAAUGAUGAAUAACAGGUACUCAUCAGGUCGCACUCCUCUCCCGAUCCGCUUCCACUUCCAAGCCUACUGUGUAAACAGCAACAUCUAGAUCCACCCUUACGAAGAAUAGUGUCUAACCAUCGGAGGAUUUCAGGGGAGUACGUACGCCGCGUCGAAUAGGGCGCAUUCGUAAGUCAGGUCGUUCCGUCUCCACCAGUCCAGCCCAACCAUUCUUCUGCAUGCAUGCAAUGUCUUACUUAACGCAGGAAAAACUGAAGAAAAGAGUUGUUAGUAUGUAGUUAGUUAUAGUAAGCUGCUGUGUAAAUCCUACGUACACAUAGAUACAUCAACACCAACGGUAACUACUUAUUAGUUACUGCGGCAUGUUCUAGGGGCGUACCGUCGAUAGACGGGUGACGACGACGCUGAUGAAUAUCGGCUGGCUUUUUAUUCUGGCUUUUUAUUAUUAUUAUUUGGUGCUGCGUUACUGCGCAUGCCUGUGAUGUAUGUUCAUGUACUAGGUACUGAAUAGAUAUUUCUUCUCCCCCCUGAUUCAACAGCAAACUGGAAAUGGGUGGGCUAAAUAAGCACCAGAGAAUAAAAAG